GCACCACGCCGCCCGCUGCCGCGUUUGCUUGUGGUCGGAGCAAAGAAGACGCUAGGAAAGGAUCAAGGAAACCACUAGCAUCGUAGAUAAACACCCCCCUGAAGAGGUGUGAAGCCAACCGGGUACAGCUGUCACGAUACCGAGAGAACAUUAAAACGAGACCCUCGAUUGAAGACUCCCGGACAGCGAGGGUCAACAUGUCUGAGACAUACGACUUCCUGUUUAAGUUCCUGGUGAUUGGCAGCGCCGGCACGGGGAAGUCCUGCCUCCUCCACCAAUUCAUCGAGAACAAGUUCAAACAGGACUCCAACCACACCAUCGGCGUGGAGUUUGGAUCCAGGGUCGUCAACGUCGGUGGAAAGACGGUCAAACUGCAGAUCUGGGACACGGCUGGGCAGGAGCGAUUCCGCUCUGUUACACGCAGCUACUACAGAGGAGCAGCCGGAGCGCUCCUCGUUUACGACAUUACCAGCCGGGAGACGUACAACGCGCUGACCAACUGGCUGACGGACGCACGGACUCUGGCGAGCCCCAACAUCGUGAUCAUCCUGUGCGGCAACAAGAAAGACCUGGAGGCCGACCGAGAGGUGACCUUCCUGGAAGCGUCGCGCUUCGCUCAGGAGAACGAACUCGUGUUCCUGGAGACCAGCGCUCUGACGGGGGAGAACGUGGAGGAGGGAUUCCUGAAGUGCGCUCGCACCAUCCUCGGCAAGAUCGAUUCAGGAGAGCUGGACCCGGAGAGGAUGGGUUCAGGGAUCCAGUACGGAGACGCUUCGUUGAGGCAGCUGCGACAGCCGAGAGGCGCCACCGCCACGCCGAAUAAGCAGCACUGCAAUUGCUGAGGACCGGGGGUGACCUCCGCCCACGUGCCCUCACAGAGACGACGCCCCCUACAGCCCCGGGUGCUUUUCGGUGUGUGCGGGCCCCGUCCCUCCGCAGUCUCUCACACACCUUGGAUCACCUGGUCACGGAGAUCACUGCGACCCCUGACCUCUGGUACUUUGCCCCCCCCUGUGUCUGGGGCAGGGAAACCCCUCGGUGUGGAACACGCGCCGGGAUCCUAGUUUAAAGUGUCGCUGACUCCCCGGACCAGGCGGAGUUGUUGUUUUUAUUAUCUCUGUGCUUUCAUUCUGGUUUUAGUAUCGCCGACACGCUUUCUCCGUUUGCACAUCGUCGUUUGUAACUUAUUAUUGGUAAACUAUCGUGUUGUGUUCAGUGCUCGGCCGAUCUAAAUAGGAUUCAAGCUUAAGUUCGGUCGUCGCUUUUGAAUUGUAAUAUUCAUAAAUGCACUCGUUUUUUUUUUUUUACAUUUUAUUAUCCAUUAUUUAAGUUGACUUUACUUUUUACGUCAUUUCCGACAUUAAUGAACCAAUUAACAGUUUUUAUAGGUCAAAUGAAGUCGACUUGGUCACAUUUUGGUUCAGUAUUCAUCUGGAAUAUAUUGAAAACCAGACGCAAUUUAAAUCUUUGUCACGGUUUAUUCAACUUCGGCCGAUCUUUGACUUUAAUGCGCAGUUCAGAUUUUAUUUUAAAUCCCACAGGCCCAAAUGUAGAGCGCAGCUCUUUCACCCUCUAAAAUGUGUUCCAGUGCACUAUUAUGACAUAAAGUCUUGGCCUUAUGAAUAUAUUAUUCCUCGUCACAAUGUCUCUGAACUGUCGGAGAGAUGCAUCUCUUUCAUUUCACUCCAAAGUCUGGACAUUUGCAUAAUCGGAUUCGAAGAUGCAAAGUCCCAGUUCCGUCAAUAGUUUAAAAAGUUGAGGGAAAAAAUGUAUCUGACUGCUCUUGCUGGAAUGGUUUCUCCAUUUAUUUAUUUAUUUGUUGACCUCCCUUUUUUAAUUCACGCUGCACAUUCUGUAUCAGGGACGUCACAGGAAACCAGCGCCGGUUCUGCCUCCGACUCAAAGAGGCGAGCCAAUGAUAUCAGGUUGUUAGCGUGGCUGUUCCCCCCCCCCCCUCCCGGCUCGGCUUCUGUCUCAGCGUACUGACCCGACCCAGAGGAGGUCAAACAACAGGCCCGCCAAUCAGAUUCCCCCAUGUCUUCUCUCCAAGUGAGCUGGCCACACUGCAGAGGAAAAGACAUGAGAUAUUAUAUUAUAUUCUAGGAUGUCAACAGACAGAUGGUCAAAGAUUGUUUUUAGUUUCCAUAACGCACUGGCAUCAUGUGAUAGUUGGUCUCCUUCUGCAAGUGCACUUUUACUUUUUGAAUUUUCAUGUUUGUUUUUUUGGUUUAAAUGCGGCAACUAUAGAAUUGUACAUUUUUAUUUUACUUGAACAGUAUACUGUAAUAAAGAUUCUAAUUGUAUGUUAGCAUUUCUUACUAAAUAACAACUGAGAUCCUUCAUUGCAUGUCCUUAGAAGCAGGACUGCCCUCUUGGUUGUGUUUGCUGCCGACGGUAGCGAGGAGAGGACGUUCCGAUCACUCGUAUCCACAAGUCGUCAAUAAUAAUCGGUUAUCAAGACGUGCGAUUGGUUGAUUGCUGUUGAACCAGUCCAUUUGCAUUCAUCUGUAUGUAUCGAUGAUUCAAUCAUGUGACGAACACAAUCCAACUCAGUUAUUGCUUAGUAACUAAUGUUACAUAAUCAGCCCCAAAUUAUACUGUACAUUUCAACCUCUGCUGUAAAUAAGAUGUGUCUAUUGAGAGUGAGUGUUGCUCAUUGAUUGUAAUGAAUAUGCAAUUCCCAGUAAAGCUUGUUUUUUCAGUUAUUCCCUUUGA